CCCUCCAAGUCAUUAGAUUCAGGUGUUCCAAUCACGUCCAUGGCCACAGGUGUAUAAAAUCAAGCACCUAGGCAUGCAGACUGCUUCUACGAACAUUGAAAGAAUGAGUCUCUCUCAGGAGCUCAGUGAAUUCAAGCAUGGUACCGUGAUAGGUUGCCACCUGUGCAAUGUCUGUCCAUGAAAUUUCCUUGGUACUAAAUAUUCCACCAUCAACUGUUAGUGGUAUUAUAACAAAGUGGAAGCAACUGGGAACAACAGCAACUCAGCCACGAAGUGGUAGGCCACGUAAAAUGACAGAGCGGGGUCAGUGCAUGCUGAAGCUCACAGUGUGCACAAGUCACCAACUGUCUGCAGAGUCAAUAGCUAAAGACCUCCAAACGUCAUGUAGCCUCCAGAUUAGCACAACAGUGUGUAGAGAGCUUCAUGGAAUGGGUUUCCAUGGCCGAGCAGCUGCAUCCAAGCCUUACAUCACCAAGUGCAAGCAACGUGCCGGAUGCAGUGAUGUAAAGCACGCCACCACUGGACUCUAGUGCAGAGGAGACGUGUUCUCUGGAAUGAUAAAUCAUGCUUCUCUGCCUCGCAAUCCAAUGGACGUGCCUGGGUUUGGCGGUUGCCAGGAGAACAGUGCUUGUCUGACUG